CUCAUUUUAUUUUUUAUUAAAUGUGAUUAGUACCAUUACAGAACAAGAAUGCUGUUGGUCAGAGGUUCAAUGCUCACUAUUACAGAAUCUCCACACCAGACCUCACAAACCUGUGGGCUAAACAGGCUCACUGCAAAUUUUGAUAAGAGCAACAUUAGAAGGCUGAAGUCAUCAUUGUGCAAAACAUGAUACAAUGCAAAAAUUCUGUAACAUCCGUAUACCAUAAAAGUUUUUUAAAAAGUGGAAGAUGAAAACACUAAUAUAUAUUAAAACUUAUGUGAGCUUUAUUAGCAACCCAAACUCAACAUUAGUGAUGCAUCUUAAUGUAUUACAGUUUAUUUAGCAGUACUACUUAAGGUGGAAUUUAACCGAAUUUAAUUUUUUUUCUCAGAAGGAAGGAUUUAACUAUCAUGGCUAUGCAGUACAAGUUGACAAGUACCUUUUUUUAAAUUUUAAUAAAGCCUCAGCUUUUUCCAAAACUAAAACCAAUGGAAAUAAAGAUUCCUUUUAUAAUAAUUUAAUUUCUGUGUAUUUGCAAGACUGGAUUGACAUCCUGAAUUGUGUGUGUGCACAUCAGUUUUUGCCUUUCAAAAGGUUCAUACAAUUUUAUUGUUACCUGUUCAAAAAAAAGUCAUUGGGUAUCAUGAGUGAGGCGAAACAAACAUUGAAUUCAAUUAAAGGAAUUGAGAAACAAAAAGAAGACAUGAUCCAAAGGCUUGUUAGAACAGAUGCUCACUUUAAACAUCAACAAAGAGGGGAGCCUGAUCUCACAUUUGAGGAAAAGUCAAAUAUAGCGUUAGAUGUUUUUAAGAAAAGCCCAGCCUUAUUUCUUGAAAGAUUUUCAAAAUUUCUUACACUGGAAGACACAGAAUAUUUCAGUGAGCUGAAAGGAGACUACAGGAUUGAUUUUUAUGUGCAGGAGAUUGUUAACAGAUGUAAAGAUACAAAUAAAAGUGUCAUAAAAAACAGGAGAUAUCGAGCUCUUCAGGAACUGAUGGAUGAAGGUGAAUAUUUUUCUGAGGAAGAAAUGAAAUGGCGAGAUCCUUUAUUGUUUGAACAAAUGGUGAGUUCAAAUGACGUUUAUACAAAUAUGUAGUUUUGAAUUUCAAAAAUGAAAAUUCUAUAGCAAAAUCAAUCUAAUGUAUGAGUAUCUGGAUUUUCUCACAUCAAAGCGCCACCUUCCUCCGUGCCAAUCUUCAAUUUUUAAAAACUUUGUGACUCUAAUUUGGUUAGUUCCUGAAUGUUCAUUAAAUUUUAUUGGAGAUUUUUACCAUUUCUAUUUGCAUCAACUUGGAAUACUUUUACUAAUUUCAGUUGGUUUCUUUAAAAUGUUUGCAGCUUUAGCAGUUUUCAGAUCUUUUUAUCUGUGUCAUUUGUUGUACAGAAAAGGACAAUCCACUUUUUUGAAAGUCUAAAUUAAAAAUUUGCUCUGACCUCCUGACAGAUUGGUCAGUAUGCGAGUGAGGCUGAGAAAACUGAACAAAUGGAGCAGGACAUUGACAGAAGUGACCUCAAGUUUUCAACAAUCUUACUGAAGCACAUGGACACCCAAGUCAAUAAGCAGUUCUUUGAACAAUUGAAAGAAAAAGAGGUGGGACAUCUUUGUCAAGUAACUAUGACCUAGAUACACCCGGUAAUAAUGUUUAAACUUAAAUAUGGUCCAUUUGCAAACACCUGAAACGGCUUUGGUGUCGAAUAAUAUAAUUAAUUUUGAGUAACUUUUUAAUCAGUCAUAAUUUUGAUAUCACAAUGUUUGGAUUAAAGUUAAAGCUUUGUUGAUUUAUUAUGUUCCGAAACAGGAGGAACAAGAAGAGGAAGAAGAAGAGGAAGACAGUGAUGAGGAGGGUGAUGUGAUGGAAGAAGAUGGAAGAGAUAAAGAAGCUCAGGGUGAGUGUACAUUUUAUAAAUAGCAUUACUAGUAUUAGUGUAUUUUGUAUGAGGCCAGUUUCGUCCCAGCUUUCGUCCCGACCGGAAAACUCCCUGGACGGUGGGGGGGAGGUAAUGCAACACCUUUCCCCUGGAGAGGAAGCAAAGCCGUUCCGACCCAAGGAGAGUGGACCCCAAACGCUUUAAAUGCAGCGUUUUCAGUCGACCGGACGUCCCUCAGGCCAGGGGGGAGGUUCCCGACGUGCUUCUGCAUGGUCUGGCGGCGGGAGACCCACCGACGCCAUCUCCAAAGUGACGCAUGAGGCACCAUGUACCAAAAAAGUUGAUAAAAUGAAAAUUUAUUUAAAGAUGAUGAUUUUAGUCGAGGUUUUACAUUUGAAUAUUGUUAACAUCACAGUUUGGGUGGAAGUAUUUAAGAGAAAUACUAAAGUAAGCUCAAUGUACAAAAUUUUAAUUGGCACUGACAAAUUUUCUUUAAUAUUUGUGUUUUCCCAAAAGUUCUUUAAGUAUAAAAUAUUUACUUAGGGAUUUGGAUUUUUUACCACUUAUCUAGAACUCAGUAAAUUAUCUCCGAUUUAAGACCCUUAGUUGUGUAGUUUAAGUAAUGUAUUUCUACUAUCGACUGUGUACCACAAAAUCCCAGGCUCUGAGGAAAAGGAUACAGACUUGACAACUUCUGAAAGAUCUUACCUGCGAACAGAGUUUCUCAGAAUCAUGCAAGAAAGGUUUCUAUCAGGGGAGGAUAGCGGUUUUGAUUACAGGUAAAACACUGGAGGAACAUAACCUUGUGGAAGGGUGUUGUCCACACCUGAAGAUCAAAAUGGGCCUUCUUUCCCAAGAAAAGAAAGUUAUUUACAAAUAAUUUACAAGUUUUAAUAUAAGAUACCUUUUACUUUAAUGUCACAUUCCCUGAAAGUGUAUUGUAUGGAAUUUAAUCAAUCCAUAUAAGUUGGUGGAGCCCAUGGAGGGACCUUCCCAACGACAUUCUUCCACUUGAAAUAAUCUGUGACCCUUGAACCAUGACAGUCAGCUGGAGCAAACCUGCCUCCAAAUGUUGACAAUGCAUAAAAAUGUAUUUAAUCUAAUCAUUAAAGGCUCUUUUUUUUUUAUUUGCUCACUGACAUCAAAGUUGAUAGGUACUCUUACAUCUGUUAUUUCUACCUCAACAGUAAAGUUGACAGCAAUGCUGACUAUGACUCCUUGGAUAUUCUCGGACAUGAUGCUGAAGAGAAAUACUUUGAUGAUGACAAUGAGCAGCUCUGUGAGGGAGAUGAACUUACAGAUUCAAGGGAGGACACACGCUGGGACAGGUUGCUUAGGCGGAGAAUUGAAACAAUGGGCUUGAAGACUGAUGAGGAAAUAGCAAGGGAAAUGAUAGAUGAGAUGGGAGAUAAGCCACUGAAUAAAGAUGAUAUGAGUUACCCUCCCUGUGAAACUAUAACAGAAUACAAGGACUGCUCCUAACAAAACAAUUAGUAUGCUUUUCUCUUUCCUGAAUGUGUGAGGUUACUUUGAUUAUUUUAUCUGACAAUACUGUUUUAUGCUUCUUUAAUGGGAUAUCUUUAACUGGACAUGACUCUGUGUUUGAUUGUUCUGCCAUCAGGAUUUGUUAAAAUGACUGGCUUGUGAGAUAUUAAAUUACUCGACGCCACAUAAUAUUUUGCUUAUUUAUUGGUAAUGAUAAUUAAAAGCUCAGUUUUUAUUAAUGAACUCCACUAAAAAAAAUGAUAAAAUAAUUGAGUUCUGUGCAUUCAUUUAACAUAGUGGUCGGCAAAGUCAUUAGCCAAAAGAGCCAUCAAGCAGGACGAUUACAAAUUUCUUUUCAAGAAUCUAUGAAGAACCAUGUUUUUCAGAGUCAAAACCUAUUUGUGGCUGACUGGCCGAGCGGACUCAGGUAGCAAAAGAGCUGCAUGCGCCACGAUUUGCAAACCAAAUUAGGCCG